AUGAAGCCAAACUCAGGCGGCGAGGGCAGAGGCGGCAGGAAGCCGCGCGACGGCCAGAAGGGGCCUGUGCGUCAGCGGCAAGACGCGAGUGAAGGCGGCAAGAAGCGAAAGAAGCGGGUCUGGGUGAACUUAAGAGACAAGAGCCAACGGUGGAAGAAGUUCAAAAAGAUCCAGGAUGUAAAGGCGUCUGCAGCUCUGUGGAGAAUGCGGCGCAGGGAAGAGCCCGAAGUCUCUUCGGCCGAGCGCGACUCUGGAGCCAAGCGGGCGGCCGCAUCGCAUGCUGAGGAAGACCCAGAUGCCUUCCUCCAGCGCCUCCUCGACCCGUUGCAUGCGACUCGGAAAAAACCUGAGGCCGCCGUCGCCGACUGCGUCGCUGGAGAGAGUCGGAGGGAGCACAGGGUGAAGGGGGACGGAAAAAACGCCAAAAGGAAGCACGGGCCAGACUCGGAAACACCCGCCGAGCGUCUCAAAUCCGCGCGUGCAGCUAAGGAGGACGACAGCGACGCCGGAGGACUAGAGGUAGAAUCCGAAAGCGACGUCGGAGGGAGAUGUCGCCGAAAGAGGCGAGGAGGACCAGGAAGGCAGACAGAGGAAGACAGGGAACGGGCGAAAAGACAGAAACUGAUGGAGCCUGCCUCGGAGCCUUCUGGCGACGAGCAAGACGAGGACGACGACGAAGACGAGGAGGGUGUCGAAGAACGCGAAGGUGCGGAAGACGAAGAAAAGGAAGAAGGUGCACAGACUGAGCCCGCAGAGGAUGUUGGGAAAAAGGAGACCGGUAAAUCUCGCGCGAGGCAAAACAGCUCUGCAGCGCCUUCUGGCUCCGCAGUCUUCUAUCCGUUCAAAAAAGCUAUGGAAGAGGCUGCGCGGCGCAAGGCUGAGCACGAAGUGCGCAGAAGGAAACAGGAAGAGGAGCGCGCGAGAAGAGAGGAAGAAAGAAAAGUCGCGGAGGCGCGAAGAAGGAAAGAGCGGAAGAAGCUGCAAGCGAGAACAGAGAGGGGACAGCCCGUCAUGGGGAAUGUCAUGCAGGUCCUUCUAGGAAAGAUCAAAAGAAGAGAGGGGAUUUCUUCGUAG